AUGUUGCCACCGCUGACGAGGAGCCUUCUCGCCGCUGUUGUCGUCUUCACUCUGCUCAACUUCCUCCUACGCCCACACGCAGACUGGGUGGAAAAGGUCGAGCAACCUCUGAUCGGCGUCGGCCAUGGCGUGCCCUACCUCACUAUUGUGCCGGGUGUCUCCGUAAGAUAUCCGUGGGUCUUUGCCCUGGCCACAGUAGCCGAGCAGAAUGUUGCUGGCCUGCUCAUAACAGCCGCGACCGUCUUCUAUGGCGGCCGCUAUCUGGAGCGCGCCUGGGGGUCGCAAGAAUUCGCAAAGUUCAUUCUCUUUGUCUCGGUGGUGCCCAACCUCUUGAGCUUUCUACUCUAUAUUGUCGCAUAUGUUCUCACUUCGAGAAGUGCUCCGCUACACACCACAAUCUCUGGUGGCAUUGCCAUUCAGGCGGGCUUCCUCGUCUCCUUCAAGCAGCUCGUCCCCGAACACACCGUCGCAAUCGCAAAGGGCCUCAUUCGCAUGCGCGUCAAGCACUUCCCUGCCAUCUUCCUUCUCGCAAACACAAUUUCUGGCCUCGUACUGGGUACUGAGACAGCCAUGUUCCUCGCCUGGUUUGGCUUCAUGACGGCAUGGGUCUACCUCCGGUUCUACCGCAUCAGCCCCUCUCUCUCGUCCGCUGCUACUGGCGACGGCUCAGUUAUCAGAGGAGAUGCCUCAGACACCUUUGCGUUCGCCCACUUCUUCCCUGAACCCAUCCAGACACCCGUUGCUGUGCUAGCAGACCAGGUUUAUAACAUAUUGGUCUCAAUCAACAUAUGCACUGCUUUCUCUACCCAUGACAUUGAUACAGGCAACGAACAGGCAAGCGCUCGCGCUGAAGGAGGUCUACCAAGCAUCAUGAACCCCAACAGUCGGGGCGGGAGAGGCGGAGGAACACGCGCAGAGGCGGAGAGAAGACGAGCGUUGGCACUAAAGGCCCUCGAUCAGCGAUUGCAUGCUGCUGCAGCCCGUCCAGCUCCAGCACCAGCUCCAGUUUCCGUUUCUGGGCCUUCAAAUAUGCUAGGGGAGACGACUUACGAACCUGAACGACCAGAUGCUCCCGAGAAGCCUACGUCGUAA